AUGGAGCCGUGGGGCGGGGCUUGGCCGGGGAGGCGCCUCGAUGCCGCAUCACCCCCCGUCCACGAGGAUUCCACGAUCGGCCGACAGAUGUCUCUGUUCGCCGCUGCCGCCUACCCGUCUCCCCAGGCGAUUACAUACGCGUGCUGUGGGCCCGUGUCGAUGGUGACAGAACGCUGGUACAACUCCUCUGGCGAGGGGAGCGGAAGCUACGCCGACAACGUCGGAGCAGGCAACGACGUCUCCAACAACGUGACCGAAAUCCCUCAAUUUUUCCCGCCUCCGAUCGACCAUCACCAUCUCCACGGUCAUCAGGGCCAGGGGAUCGGGACACCCCGAGCUCGAUAUUACGCCCAUCCCUCCCACGGUCCCUAUCCCUCUGCCUCCACGCACGCGGCGGUGGCGGCAGCGGCGAUGGGCGGUGGGGGGAUGGUGCGAGCCCUCCACGGUUGGUUCACAGCCACCAGUCCAGCUGGGUCAGCCAGUUCACCGAGUGGAGAGGGGAAAAGCGACCAUUCCACUUCAUGGAAUUGUUUUCCCAAUCCCAAAGCCUAUCAUCCCUCCUCCUCCUCCUCAUCCACGUCUCCCUCCCCCAGCAACAAUUCCUAUAACCCGGCCUCGAUAAACCCAUUCCCGUUCCCGCCGACGCCACCGAAAGAUGGUGGGUCCACCCCCGAUACCCCGGCCGGUGGAGACAACUCCGCCUGGAAUAACACCAACAACACUAACAAUGAGGAUCAGGACGUGAAGCCGAACCUGAUGAUGACUUCCAUAGGAGCAAUGGUUCAGGCAGCAGCGGCCUGUGUGAAACCAGGAAGCAUAGCAUCUCAACGGGAAGGUACUUCGUCCUCCACUUCCAAUCCCUCUUUGAUCCAGUCAUCGAAUUCCUAUACCUCUUCCUCCUUCUACCCGAAUGUCUCCUCGAAUUCCAAUUAUUACCCGUCCCCUUCUGAGUCCUACCUCCAUAGUCCCUUCAAUUCCGCGUCGAAAGCCGCGAGUAUCUCCAGCGUGAAGCCUAAAACCAAGAGCCGAAGUAUGGCCGAGGGGCGCGAGUGCGUGAAUUGCGGGGCGACGAGCACGCCGCUCUGGCGACGUGAUGGCACGGGCCACUACUUAUGCAAUGCCUGUGGCCUCUACCACAAAAUGAACGGCCAGAAUCGACCUCUCAUCAAACCUAAACGACGACUGAGUGCAUCUCGUCGAGCAGGGACGAGCUGCUCCAAUUGCAAAACAACGACGACGACACUGUGGAGGCGGAAUCAGCAUGGGGAACCAGUCUGCAACGCCUGCGGACUUUAUUUCAAGCUCCACAACGUCAGUUUCAAACCCACUUUAUAUAUAUUUUUUUAUUUUAUACUUGUCGGGGAGGGAGGGCGUGGGAGUGCCUGGUGGUUUGGCCGGGUUGAAAAAAAAGUAAAUCCAUCAAUUUCGAAAAUAAUUCCCCCCUUGCCUUUUCUCGAAAAGGUAAACCGACCGCUGACGAUGAAAAAGGAAGGGAUCCAGACACGGAAUCGGAAGCUGUCGGCAAAAUCGAAGAAGAAAAAGAACGGGUUGACCUUCCCCGACAUCCUGAAACCCUUGGACGGGAAAGGUGGCUUCCCGGGCUUCGGAGCGACGGGUGCGACCACGCACGGAUACCCUCACGCCUCCUACAUGUACGGGGCCGGAGCGGCCGCAGGGAUGGCAGGGAUGGCUGCGGCUGCCCACCAUCAUCAUCACAGUCAUGGGCAUGGUGGGACGAUGGGCGGAGGGGGGCUGGGAGUGGGGUUGGGACACCAUCCCCAUUCCGGGUUCACGGGACAUAUGGCUAUGGCCGGCUCCCUCGCCGCUGCCGGCUUCCCCGCUACCAAUCUCUCCUUCACCUCCCCUACCACCCUCGCAUUGUCGCACUCCAACUCCAUG